CACAUAACAUCUGAGAAAUACGCCCAGCUUGGAUUUUGGAAAUUGAAUAAAACUGAUAUUCCGUGCAACCCUAUCCAUUGGUUUCAAUUCGCAGACGACGCGGCUGUCAUCAGCAGCCAAGAAAACCAAAAUCAAAUUCUGCUCAAUCGUUUCACAGUAUGGUGUCAAUGGGCCAAUAUGAUAAUACGUUUUGACAAGUGCUCUUCAUUUGGAAUUAAAAAACGCUCAUCUAAGUCUAUCCAGUACCAACCUAAGCUGUUCGUUAAUAACAAACUUAUACCCCGUAUCGAACUCGGAGAAUCUUUCCGCUAUCUUGGUCGUUGUUUCGAUUUCAACAUGUCCGAUGAAAGACACAAAUCCGAAUUGUGUGAUCUGUUUAAUGAUAUUAUAUCGAAAAUUGAUCAAUUACCUUUACACCCCCGAAACAAAAUUCUUCUAUAUAGUCGCUACUUACUCUCAAAAAUCUCAUGGAACUUAACAAUAACCGAUAUAUCUAAAACCUGGAUUUGUGAAACUUUAGAUAACGUUUCUACUAAAUAUAUUCGAAAAUGGCUGGAACUUCCAAUAUCUGCAACCCUUAGCAAUGUGUAUCUUUACGAAAACAAAUUUG